AUGUCUGACCGGGAGUUCGACGACUUCGAAGCGGACAGUCUGUCCGACUCCUCCCAGAUGAUCCCCGGCCUUCCCCCCUACAACAUGGAGGACCAACUCCUGCCCAUGGAGCGCCGUAGCGCCUGCGGGUGCUGGGCCUGGACUUUCCUAGUGGUGGCCAUGAACUCUUUGGUCUUCCUGUUGAAUGCCCUCCUCCUCGCCUCCAUCUUCACCGUCAUCCUCCUGCCCACGAUCGUUGUGGUCUACUUCGGCUUCCAGUGCCACUCUCGGGUGCUCCACUCCACGGCCUAUUACUGCAAGACCGUCCUGGACGACAACAGCGCCUCCGCCCUGAUCAUCCUCGGCUUCAUCCUCAUGUCCCCCCUCAUUGUCGUGGCCACGGCCCUCUACUGCAGCCUGGCCCGGCGCCUCCGCCUCUUCCUGUGCUUCCAGCCGUGCGCCCGGGCGGUCUACAAGGGGGUGAGGUGGCAGUGGUACGAGGAGGGGGGGCUCUGCGGGUGCGCCAAGGGGUGGGAGACCCAAGUCAAGGCAUGGGUUUAA